UGGAAGGCGCCAUAUCUGACAGAUUGUUCCAAUUAAUGCGACCUCUGCCGAAGCACACAGUUGAUCAAAGUGACGGACGGUCAGCGAAGCUUGCGGGGCCGUAGAAGGAACAUUUGGGGGUUUGUUUUGUUUCUGUACGUUUUGGAGGCUUCAUUAGCAGCCUGGGGUAGGAGAGGAGUGGCUACACAAUAACACCCAUUUACACAUUACCAGGCGGUGUAGGAAAUAUCAGAAUGUAAAACAGAAAUACUGCUAACUCGUACAGGCUAAACUGCAGACAAGCAGCAACAGCUACUGGUUAGCACGUCAGCCGGCGAAGACAAGGCGGCAAAGAUCCAUAGCAUUUCCAGUUGCACGCAAACGCUUUCAUCUGGCGAAGAAGCUAGAAUGUGAGUGGCCCCGCCCCCUUCCGCCUCUCUAACCUACUCCAAACAGAACACGUGGUCGGGACUACGUCGUGAAUCGGAGUCUGAGGAGAGGGCGGCGUCAUCGCCAAGCCGGCAGCUCGCUGAGAAAGACUGGGGUAGAAAGGAGAGAGAGCGAGAAAGGACAACAGCAACAUACUCCCGAUUUGAUCCGGUCCCGCCAGAGUUUUCCACACUCUUCAACGCACAGACCCAUCAUUCACCCAAUAGCUCCAACCCGCUAAAAGCCACAGUCCGACAGACAGAGAGCCCGCAGGCUGCUGCUUCGACUGCUGGAGCCGGCUUCGAAUCAACGGAUUUUAUGUCUACUGUUCCUCUGCUCCAACGGGAUUUACAAAUAUAUCCACUAAUCUCAUUGUUCAAUUUUUGAUUUUUUUAAUUAUUACUUUGGCUUUCAUCCGAUUUGCAACUUUUGUCCAGUCCUUCUGGUUAUCAGUCUUACACCUUUUAUUCUUUAGCGUCAAUUCCAGUUUCUGUUUGAGAGCGGCGUGACAGGGGAGCUGGUUACACUAUUUGAUUUCACGAUCGAAACUUUUUGGAUUCCUUAAAUUAGAGCUUUUUGGCUGUUCUUCUCCCCCCAUAUUUUUGGACUCUAAAAAAAAGAACAAACCACCAUGCACAAACUAUACAUUGGGAAUCUAGGCGACAGCGUGACCGCCGAGGACUUGAUCAAAACCUUCGAGGAUCACAAGAUCCCAUACUCAGGACAGUUCCUGAUGAAAAACGGCUAUGCCUUUGUGGACUGUCCUGACGAUCAAUGGGCAAUGAAAGCGAUCGAGACGUUUUCGGGUAAAGUGGAGCUUCAUGGGAAACGUAUCGAGGUGGAGCAUUCUGUACCCAAGAAGCAAAGGACCAGAAAACUGCAGAUCAGAAACAUUCCACCUCACCUGCAGUGGGAGGUGCUGGAUGGUCUGCUGGCACAGUGUGGAACCGUGGAAAACUGUGAACAAGUCAACACAGAGAGUGAGACUGCAGUGGUUAACGUUACAUAUGCAUCCCGGGAGCAUGCAAGACAAGCUAUUCAGAAACUGAAUGGAUAUCAGCUGGAGAGCAACUCCCUGCGUGUCUCCUACAUCCCCGAUGAAACCUCAGACAUGGAGGGGGGCCAACGUGGGACCGAAAACGGACGUCGUCCUGGCUAUGGGCCCCGCGGCGGACUGCGUGGAGGGUCCCCGAGCUCUGGAAUGCCCCCUAAACCUCCACACACCGACAUCCCUCUCAGACUUCUGGUGCCCACGCAGUACGUCGGCGCCAUCAUUGGCAAAGAGGGAGCCACCAUUCGCAACAUCACCAAGCAGACGCAGAGCAAGAUUGAUGUUCACCGCAAGGAGAAUGCCGGUGCUGCUGAGAAGCCUAUUAGCAUCCACUCCACUCCUGAGGGCUGUUCAGCCGCCUGCCGGAUGAUCCUGGAGAUCAUGCAACAGGAGGCCAAAGAUACCAAGACAGCUGAUGAGGUUCCUCUCAAAAUUCUGGCCCAUAACAACUUUGUUGGCCGCCUUAUUGGAAAGGAGGGACGCAACCUGAAAAAAGUCGAGCAGGACACAGACACCAAGAUAACCAUCUCACCUCUCCAGGACCUGACCUUGUAUAAUCCAGAGAGAACUAUCACAGUCAAAGGCUCCAUUGAAGCUUGCUGUAAGGCUGAGGUCGAGAUUAUGAAGAAGGUCAGAGAGGCCUAUGAGAACGACAUUGCAGCGAUGAAUCAGCAAACUCACCUGAUCCCUGGACUUAACCUGGGUGCUCUGGGGCUCUUUCCUCCAUCAUCCAACAUGCCUCCCCCACCACCCGGAAAUGCAGUUGGAGGAACCCCCUAUGGCUCCUUUGGGGCCCCAGAGCAGGAGACUGUUCAUGUAUACAUCCCAGCACAAGCAGUGGGGGCCAUUAUUGGCAAGAAGGGACAGCACAUCAAACAGCUGAGCCGCUUUGCUGGAGCCUCGAUUAAGAUCGCACCAGCUGAAACUCCAGACUCUAAAAUGAGAAUGGUGAUUGUGACGGGACCCCCAGAAGCUCAGUUCAAGGCUCAGGGCAGAAUCUAUGGGAAGCUGAAAGAGGAGAAUUUUUUUGGACCAAAAGAGGAAGUCAAACUGGAAACUCACAUUAAAAUGGCUGCUGCUGCUGCAGGAAGGGUCAUUGGCAAAGGAGGGAAGACGGUGAAUGAGCUGCAAAACCUGACAGCAGCUGAGGUGGUGGUCCCAAGAGAGCAGACGCCUGAUGAAAAUGAUCAAGUCAUUGUCAAGAUUAAUGGCCAUUUCUACGCCAGCCAGCUGGCUCAAAGGAAGAUUCGAGAUAUCCUGACACAGGUCAAAAUGUCACAGAAAGGUGGGAUGGGUAUGGGCCCUGGCCCCCACCCUCAGGGUUUCACUGAGAUGGGCAGCCCUACACAGGGACUCUCUCAGGAUCACCAGCCACGCAGGAAGUAAGGGCCUCCACCCCAUGUGACGGACAUGCGCAGACGGACAGACGAACGGAUACAGAAGAGUAAUACACGGACCCAGCAAUAGACAGGAAGAGAGAUUAAGAAGGGUGGAAGGAAAUACGCCUGAUAGCCACUGAGAAAGAUCCUAAGAGAAAAAAAAUCAAAAAAUGAAUUCAAUCAAAUAAUGAAAUGAAUAAAAAGAGGGUUUAGAUAAAAAGAAACUUGAAAACAAAGACCCAGUGCCAGGCCAGAAGAGAGACUGAGUGUGGAUGAGAGGAUGAAGAAAAGGAGGGAUGGCGGGGACAAGUGAGGGCGUCGUUCUGGUGUGCCAUGGUAUGGCUGCAGAAAGCUCCUUGCUUGCUGCAGCUUCUCAUGCACAUUUUGGUUAAGUUUGAGUGGCAGACAAAUGUAGUUCUCCAUGUAAUGAUGGAGAGUUGGGGUGAUUUCUGAGACCCGUCUGAGCUCAUGCAGGGAGGAAAGUCUUAGCCACACUAAUCUGUGUGCAGACACACUGGAAGCAGCCGCUUGGUCAUGCUUUGUUCCUCCUCUACAGACCUCUCCAAUCAUCUGCAGUCAGUCUUAUAUUUUAAGGGCGUUUUUUAACAUAGAGAUAUAUGUAUAGAAAUGUUAUAUUCAGAGCUAUUAUUGAUUUAAAUGCAGUGAUGCAGAGCUGGGAGAGGGAGUUGGGAAGCUGCUGCAGAGGGAAAGGGAGCAGCUCUGGGGUUACCCAUUAUGUACCUCCAAGUCAGUGAGGUUUUUGAGGUGGGGGCCAUAGAUGCUAACACUGCUCUUUAAACAACUCUCUGAAAAGAAAAUAUGAGGUUGUAAAUAUAUAAUCUUCAUGUUAUUUAUAAAAAUGCUGUGUCUUACCACACUUUAAUAAAAAAGGAGGGGCUCCCUUUCUAUUUCCCUCUCUCCUGUUUAUGAUGUGUAGCAUUCUGUAGCCUACAGUAAGACAAGGAGUGAGAGGGGCCCUCUGCAUCCUCUUCCAUGCUUCGCUGGUAGAAGGACACAGCAAGAGACAGUAAGGAGGCGGAAGUCGCAGCUGGUCCUGCAGUUCUAAUGCAGUGACUCAGCUCACAUGGUGAUAUUAAGAAGCCAAGUUUACAGAGUCCAGCAGCCAUGCUCGCUGGUCAGCGACCCGCACCUUCAAAGACAUAUUUUAUAUAUAUUAUAUAUAUUUGAUAUGUGAGUUAGCCUGGCCCCCCUCUAAAUAUACUCUGGAGUGUGAGUCAGGUGUGAGGUUUUGCUGCACCUGAAAGUCCUGCAAUGACAGACAGACGAGGUGUGUCUGAGAUCCUCUGCUCGUUGCAUUCUUCCAGUGCUGGGCAGCCAAGCCCUGUCUGAAACAGGCUGGCUUUCUGCUCAGGGUUUAGGACCAUCCCUGCACUGAAUGCCUGUUUCUGCCUUUACAAACUGGUGUACUGGCAGAAAUCGUUUGUAGCGCACUUGGGAAGGCUUGCUAUGAAAGCACAGGAAGCAAAAAGCAAAGUCUUCCUAAACUCACCACCUUGACCUCAGUAGUUGAAACCUGACUUGAGUAGAAGCAGCUUGCCGGUUUUCUCUCCCAAAUCUGCCAAAGGCCUGUGGGCAGAGCCUCCAGAUUCUGCCUUUGUAUGAUAAAGAGGGGCAGGAGUAUGGAUGUUUUUACCAAGAUUAGAACAGAUCAGAGAAGAAAUGAAAAAGAAAAAAAACUACCUCAGGGUAAAAUUACCUCAGUAUUCCUAACUUUUUUUUCCCGCUUGCUGGUGUUUUAUAUAAAUAGAAAAAAAGAGCUAAUAGUUCUGGAUAUUUUUUAUUUUUUUAAGAAAAACGUUUUUUUAAGUAUUGUCUUGUUGCUUUGGUUAUUUUUUUUUCUGUUUUUAGUUUUUGUUUUGUUUUUGUUUUUGGUAGGGAUGGAUGGGUGAAUGAAUUCAGGAUGACAAGGAGGCUGUUAAGUAGAGAGAUAUAAAAUGCUGGUACAGUACAGAACACUGAGCUAUUUUGCUUUUUUUUUUGGUGGGUUAACAUGCCACCUGUGUACCUGAAGUGUGAUUGUAUCAGCCACUGCCUGAAGUGGAAACAUGGCCAAUGGGGAGCAGUGUUACCUCAAGAGGAGGGUCCUACCAGGCCCAAGGAUAACCAAACACACCACUCUGAAGGUCUUUAAUUGACCAUUAUAAAUGGGUUUAUUCCUCCAAGCAGACAGUCUCAAGCUCUGACCAGUUGAGUCCCUGCCUCUACUCUUUGUCAGUGUGCCUGCCUGAACCCUGAAGGUCCCUCCUCUGGUGCCUUAUUGUAUUGACAUCAUCAGGAAGCGCUAUACAGGAGCUGUGUUUUCUCCCUAGCAGUUUAAGAACUUCAUUUUACCAUCAGUUGUAUAAUGUGGUCCAUGUAGAGCCAAAUGGUACAUCUGAUAGGUUUGUUAGCUGGGCACACUGCAGGCAGCUCUGAUGUCUCUAAAUGUGAAUAUUUAUUACCUGUGCACUGACCAUGAUGCUCCCUGUUGGCUGCAUGGACGUGUGUGUAAAAGCAGGCAUGUGCAAGUAUGCUUUCAAAGUUGUUUAUUUUUUGGUCAGGGAAUGUGUUUGGGUAAAAGAAAAAAGUAGGACGAGAACCUAUGGCCCCGCCAUCUAUGUGCAAACCCAUCAGGGAAGGAGAGGAUUGCAAACCUGAGAAAAUGGGAGCAAAACAGCAGGAAUACUGCUCUGAAAUAGUUUAAAACCUGUUGAGUGAUCAUUAUUUUUUUUGUACUUUUGGAGACAAUUUCAGGAAAAAAAAGAUUAAGAAAAGGAGUUGAGAACAGAAAGAUUACGCUAGUCAUUGCAAAACACUGCCAAAUGUAGAAUUCCUUUGAAGUCCUCGCAGCACUCAACGUCACUGACACCAACCUCCAUCGGCUGCCCUACAAGUUAAGCAUCAAACAGGGACAAACCUUUUCUAUCAUGUCUAUGCUUCCAUUUUUACCCAGAGGCCCAGGUUUCACAGCUCAGCAUAAAUAUCCUGUGUUGUUUCCACCUCUUUCCAAACCAUAGAGCUCUGUUCUCAGCCACCAAGACACAUUUAUCUUUCAGCCUGCAGGGUUUAUGAUUGGUUAGAUUUGAUGUGUGUGUGUUUUGUUUUGUUUUUUGUUUUUUUUUAGCUUCGACAAUACAGCAAGCUUUAUUUGGACAUAACAUCUAGGGUCGUAGUGUUGCACUAACUGAUGAAAUAUGCUGACAACAACUAACAAAAUGACUGGGAACAUCCGACCCGCCUUGCGAAAGAAAAAUAUGAAGUGCAAAGUAGAGGAGAGAUGGAAUGAUGGGAGGAAGCAGGGGUCGUCAUCUGCUUGGGAUGGGGAGUAGUCUACAAAAACAUUUCAUCCUAAUGCUCCUUCCUGUUACUUCCACUCAACACUCUGUCUUUCCUCUCUUUUGUAUUCUUGAGAAAAAAUAUUCUAUUUCCUUGACUUUAUGAAUAAUGUUUUAAUUUUGGAGUGGGCAGGAAUGUCGGGGUCUCUUGCCCUCUCUUGCGCUGGUCUCCAUUUUGUUCGUUUUGCUCACUUCUGUUGAAGACCUGUUGGUUUUCCUAUUUAGUCCACUUGUUUUUUUUUUUUAAAUCAGUGCUUAAACUUUUUUGAUUGGUAAAUCUGAAAAUAGUUUAACUUCUAUAUGAAUACACACAUCUUUUAACGAAAUGGCUACUAAAUAUGAUGAAGUACUAACAAAUGGGUCAGGACAGAAACUGUGCCAAACUCACAGUCAGGACUUGGUCUAAAAUGCAGAGAAGUCAAACUAAGAAUAUCUGUACAGUCUCUGAGAUAUUUCUGAAGGAAAGGCUAUUUCUUUCAAACGACAGCAUCUCAUCUUGGAACUGAACUCCUCUUUUUUGGUCUUUUUUAAUGUACAGUAGAGAAAACACCUGUUAGGAUCAAACCGAAACACAGGUGCACAUUGUGCUACCUACAGCUGCUGCUCUGUAGGACAGAAUGUAGUGACAAGUACUCUUUUUUAAUUGCUCUCAACCAUUUGAAACCUAAUUUUGGCUCAUUUCUGGCCUAAAUCCAGGUUAAGUGAUCUAUUGUUAUAUAAGAUUGACAAAGUUUUAGUAGUGUGAUGCCACCUUUGGAAAUAGGUCAAUAUUAACUUCACACGCUAACACUAAAGAUGUAGACAAUUUUGCUGUAUUAAACUUUCCAAUACUGUUUGAAUCAUCAUUUUAGUUUAUUGUGCAUGUUUUGCCCCUUUCCAUUUUAAAGUGCUUUAUAUUAAUGCUGACCAUUUCUAUAGCAAAAAGCUGGGCUUAACUUUUUAUACUAUGCUCUAAAAUAUCAAAUGUGCUGGUUUCAUGUGUGUCUAAUUAGAGACCACAACAGAAGUCACGUUUUCCUUAUUUUACUUUAAGUCGUGUUUGUUUGAUAAAUUCUAAAUAUUCUUUGUCAACUAGACGUCAACAUUAUCCAUUCUGAUAAGAAACCCUGAAAUACUC